GGGAGAGGGGGGAGGCAGACGAUCUCGCCGGCGUGGGGAUGCGUAGGGAGGGCGGUAACGCGGGUAUAUAUGCCCGAUGCGUCCGAGACUAGCUACAGUUCACCAGGAGGUAAAAUCGACGUAGGAGGAAGGAUCGGGUGCGACGCGCGAUCGUAUAUCGACCUAAUCGAUAUCAGUGAAAGAAGAGACGUGAAGAAAUCCUCGAGAUUACAGAGACGACAUAGAGAGGGGAGAGAGAGAGAGAGAGAGAGAGAGGAGGCAACAAGUGUGUGACAGUCGGAGUGUCAAGAACUGCGGACUCGCAGACUCUCGUGGCGAACCAGAUUUCGUCGGCGAUUAAUCUUCGGCUCGUCCGCUCGUGAAAAAUCGUCUGUGCGGUGCACGCGAAGAUGAAUCUGUCGGUCAGCACACCGAUGCUGUGCGUCCUGCUCGUGGUCCUGCUGUCGGAAGCUGCGUACGCCAGACCGGCCGACUGGCUUCUAAGUCGGCAGAAACGACUUUCCGACCAGAGACUCGCCGAGCUCGAGACACUUCUGGCGCUGCAAAAUGUGAAGGGCGUCGUGAUUCCCGUAGGAUUCGGAAAAGUGAAUCCAGCUAUCGCAGGCCGUAAACGAAGAUCCGUUUCGGAGAACAAUCUUCGAAAGUUGCAGCAUCUUCUGCUGCUCAUUGCUCAAGACGCGGAAUCUACUGCGGACCAAUCCGAUCAGAUUCGUCCCUUACCGUGGAAGGAGGAUCCGCGGGAGGAGCAAAGGGACUAUCAGCUGAUUUAAUUCGGAGGCUUGGUGCCGCUCGAGAAUGAGGCGAAAGUCAGGAAAGAAAGGUGCAGGAAAGACGACGGAGGAGAAAAAGAGGCGUGCGAGAGAAAGAGAGUGAGAGGAGAGAAAUAGGAAGGAGAAAGUAGAACAAUUAAAAAA